AUGGAAGUCCGCUAUAGCCAAGACACAGAGUCCGGAAUGCUCCUUAAGAAUGGACAUAAAGAGGGGAAAGAGGGAAAGGAUUCCCAGGGAAACAUUUCAAAAACCUUACUGAAGGACCAGCAGGAGUCCUUCUCUCCAUCCGGACCGGUGGAAAACUGCGAAAAGAGCCGGACAAGCUCGGGAGAUCCUGAUUACUGUCGGAGGAUUCUAGUUCGAGAUGCCAAAGGUUCGAUACGAGAGAUUAUUCUGCCAAAGGGUUUGGAUCUAGACAGACCAAAACGUACUAGAACUUCGUUCACAGCUGAGCAGCUUUACAGACUGGAGAUGGAGUUUCAGCGAUGCCAGUAUGUUGUGGGACGAGAGAGAACUGAGCUUGCCCGACAACUAAACCUGUCUGAAACUCAGGUAAAGGUUUGGUUCCAGAACCGGCGCACAAAGCAGAAGAAAGAUCAGGGCAAGGACUCCGAGUUGCGCUCCGUGGUCUCUGAGACAGCUGCCACAUGCAGUGUCCUGCGGCUGUUGGAGCAGGGCCGGCUCCUUACUCCUCCAGGCCUGCCAGGGUUGCUGCCCCAGUGCGGGAGCUCGUCGCUGGGCUCUGCACUCCGUGGGCCCUCCCUGGGCAUAACGGCCAAUGGAGGUUCCUCCAGCAGCAGCAGCAGCAGCGCCACCAGCUCGGGCACAGCCGGAGGAAGCCCCCCGCUGCCAACGGUGACCAGCUCGGGGACAGUCACAGGGCUGCAGGGAUCCCCGCCUGCCCAUGGGCUGUUCAGCUUCCCUAUGCCAUCUCUGCUAGGCUCUGUAGCCUCACGUAUGUCCUCCAACCCACUUGGCAUGGCUGGAUCCCUCGCCGGAAACUUGCAGGAACUUUCUGCCAGAUACCUGAGCUCCUCCGCCUUUGAACCCUACUCGCGGACCAAUGGCAAAGAAGUACUAGACAAGAAAGUUUUGGAAUGAUCACUGUGGGGUCUCUUU